AUGCCGGAUCUUCGCAAUACCCGCAUACGCAAGGCAUUCGCCGAGGGCAAGUCCACCGAUCUGAACUGUGCCGUUGCACAUGGCGGGCAGGAGCUGGUCUCGACGCGUCUCUUCUAUAAGACGAAGCUUUGCAAGUGGAAUGAAACGGGAUGCCGAAACGGCAGCCAGUGCCGUUUUGCACACGGACCCGAGGAGCUCCGCAACAUGAAAAAGGCCGUGACGGCCACGGCAGCAGCCUUGGCUCCUGACGCAAUGCCGGAUCUUCGCAAUACCCGCAUACGCAAGGAGCGAUCCGGUGGCAAGGAGGAGUUCUGUGCCAAGAAGGCUGAACUCAGAGCCCAGCUGGAUGUCAUCACUGACAAGAUCAACGGUCUGAUGGAGAAGAAGGACGAGAUCAACAAGGCCGUGGGCAACAAGCGUGAAGAGGGCCGUGAGAUGCGCUCGCAGCUGCACAGCAUGAAGAAGACCGUUGGCUUCACCAGCCAGCAGGAGAUCAACAACCGCAUCGCCACCAUCGAGUUCCAGCUGUGCACGGAAUCCGUGCCCCUGAAGGAGGAGAAGAAGCUCCUGGCCGAGAUCCAGACGUUGAAGAAGAAACACUCCAAGGUCGACACCAUGAACACGAUGGAGCAAAACUUGGCGAACUUCGACCCUGGCAUGUCCCUGAAGGAGCAGACGGAGGCCAUCAAUGCUGACAUCGCUCAGUUCCGUGACGAGAAGAAGAAAAUCCAGGACCAGAUGACGGAGUUGUCCGAAGCUCGUCAAGCCCAGCUGGGACCCAUCGAGGAAAUCCAGAACGAGAGGAACGCGAUCGGCGACAAGCUCAGAGAAAACAUCGAGGAACGCAAUGCGCUGCGCGAUGAGUACCGCCAACAGGAGCGCGAGUACUGGGCCUACCAGCAGGAACUCCGCAAAGCCCGCCAGGAGUACGACCUGCGCCGGAAGCAGCGCGAGGCAGAGAAGCUGGAUGAGCAGCCGUACGUGGCCGAGAUCACGCUCAUCGAGCAGACGAUCAAGUACUGCAAAGGCCUCGUUCAGUCCAAGGUGGAAGAGAAGAAGGCCGAGAAGAAGGAGGUUGCAUACAACAACCCGGACGGUGCCGAGAUCCUGCUCCGCAAGGAAGAUCGGGACGAGGAGUUCUAUUUCGCCCCCACCAAGGCUGGCAAGAAGGGCAAGGCAAAGAACAAAGCAAAGCCCAACAAGAUCACCCACAAUGCCGAGACCUUCCGCCUCUUUGAUCAGCUGAAGCUGGACGCGCCGCUCUCAACGGAUCAGGUGCCGGGCUUGCUGGAAGAGCUGGAGAAGCAACUUGGAGAAUUCCAGAGCAAGGUCAAGGAAUGGGAAGAGACGCGCGAGGAGAUGAAGGAUGCCAUUCUGGAGGGCCUCACGGAGAUCGAGCAGAACAAGGCAGCCCGGGAGGCUGACGAGAAGGAGGAGGCCGCUGAGGAGACCAAGGAGGAAGAAAAGGCUGCCACCAAGAUGGAGCUUCAAAGGCGCGCUGCCGAAGAGUAUGAGUUCGUGACGAAAUGCGACACCAAGCACGGCGAGGUGUGUUUCCUUCUAUGUUCCCAGUGGCUGCAGUGGAAAGACUUCCUCCGGACCAAGACCUCCCCCCCGGGCCCAAUUUCCAACCACAACCUGAUUGGGGCGGAUGGUUUCCCGAAGCCGAACAAACAGCCAAUCAAAGACUACCGCGGAGUGAAGGAGAAGGUGUGGAAGUUUUGGCUGUCACGCUAUGGCGGAGGUCCGGAGAUCAAGCGCCAGAAAUUGGAGUUGUACCAGCAAAAGCCACAAGCACCAUAUCAACCGCCCUCGAAGGUAUCCCCCAAAACCGCACCGGUGGCGACCAUGCCUACCAUGGCCCAGCCCCAGCCCCAGCCCCAGUCGCAGCCCCCUCCAACCCCCCCACCACAGCUGUCACAGGCCCAAGCCCCAACAAAGCGAAGCGACGGCUUGGCCCCAACCACGCAGCCCUCGGCUCCCUCGGCCCCUCAGCCGAAGCCCCAGUUCUCGGAGAAGGAGAAGCCGGCCCAGAAGCGCAAGCUCACCUGUGACAAGUGUGAUGGCAACCAUGCCACGGAAGACUGCCCACACUUCGAGAAGCCAAGAGACCAGCACCCAGACGCAUGGAAUCUCGUCGGCAAGUCGCACCUCGUCGCCGCCAGCCAGGCAGACCAGAAAUUCGUGACCAAGGGCAGGAUCGUGCGCCAGCCCGGAGACGGUUCCUGUCUCUUCCACGCCCUGGCGUUUGGUCUCGGAGGGACCUCAGCUCGUCAACUGCGCGAGGAGGCUGCGCAGCUCAUCGAGAGGCAGCCCCAGUCCCAGAUUAUCGGCACCGAGCUCCAGGACUGGGUGAAGAUGGAUUCGGGCCGCACCGUGGGGACCUAUGUCCACCGGCUUCGGCAGGGUGGUUGGGGCGGUGGCAUUGAAUUGGCCGUGCUGGCCGAAAGCCGCAGGGUGAUGGUGGAAGUCUAUGAAUCCCGUCAGGGUGGCUUUGCCCGCAUCGCCAAGUUUGGUGAGGGCAGGAAGGCAGUGCAGGUGCUAUACCAAGGCCGGCAGCACUACGACGCGCUGCUGCUCGAUUGA